AUGAGCCCUCCUCGGAUGGUCAGGGGAUUUCCAACAGGAAUGGGCAGUGUGAUGCGCGGGCCCUGCCAGCCUCAUCUGCCAGGGAGACAUGCACCACUGCGAAACAUAAGGCACCUUGGCACACCCAGUGAUGGCCAUGGCAGCCAGCUCUUGAGGGCUGUAGAGGAGGCACAGGAAGAAGCAACAGAUCGGAAGCAAGGCUCUGUGGACUCACGUCAAUGGCGACGCGAUGCACUGUUGGGCAUGUCUGGAUUGAUAUUGGGAGCCGUUCUGGGUUCAAGUACACCUGCACAAGCAGGUCCUUUCUUGAAAGACACAGGGGGCCGAGGGCCACUUGCACAAGAAGAGGAGAGAAUGUACAACUAUCGGUUGGAGAAAGAGGCAGUUGUCCGCGAAGGCUUUGACAAGGAGGUUCGGAUGACACAGGAUGGGAAGUUGUGUGCCACGCCCUUUGGUGUGGAUGUGGUUGGCAUCACAGAGGCCAUUGCUUUGCUUGGUGCACUUGUUGCAGGGAUCUCAGCACGUCAGAGGAAAGCUGAGCUGGAGCUUCUCAAUGAACGGCUUCGCAAAAUCAAUAUGUCCCUCCGACAGAAUGCUCGCUCGGGUAUUGUUUAUGCACCGGGCUUGACAUAUGCACCACCAGUUAUCGGCAGCAGCAAUCUGGACAGGAGCAGCGAUGAUGGCGGCAGCAACAGUAUGGCUGUGUCAGGAGUUGUGGAUGCACCUCCUGGAGGACAAUCAUCGUCGGUGGUUGUCAGACCACCUCCAUCUGUGAUGUUGAACAGUUUGGAUGAGGAGAUGUCAGAAGACCAGAUACAUUGCAGUGAAGCCCUCAAGGAAGGCAAGAAGAGGCUAAAGGAAGGGAGUGGAUCUGCAGCUAUGGUACGUUUUGAAAAGGCUCUGAUGUUGUCCAAGGGUAUGAAAGACAGGAUCCAAGAGAGGAGGGCAAUGCGGGGACUAGCCGCUGCCGCUCGUUUACAGGGCCAGUACCGCACUGCGAUUCGGCAUUUGGAGCAGGUUCUCGACAUCUCCAGUGAUAUUGAUGACCACAUUGGAGAUGCUGAUGCCUACGGAACCAUUGCAGAUAUCUACACAGAGAUGGGGGAAUUCGAAAAGGCGGCAUCUUACUACGAUAAGUACAUAUCCACCAUGAACACAGACGGUCCAGUGUAG